AUGGACCCGGAAAAGGCUGCCACAGCCCGCCAAGGCAACGACAUCACACCCGAACCAGACUACAGCAACUAUGACUACCCGCUCCCCACCAAGCCAGAGAGCGCAGCCCACGACGGCGCCGCGGCGCUCAUAGGCAACGACCUGAUUCCCUCCGUCUCCAACGCCGUCGCCGGCGCAGCCGGCCCAAACUACCAUUACCAACGCAACAGCGAUUUCAUCAACAACAACAAGAACAACAACAAUGCCACUUACAGCAAGGAAGCCGGAGGGGGCGGAGGAGAAGGGAAUGCCGGUGACACGACCGACGACGACGACAAUGGCAACUACAUCCACCACACCGACACCGUGGGAGGUGCCUCGACGACAGCAGCAGAGGAAGAAACUUACCCCGAGGGCGGGCUCCGGGCGUGGUCCGUCGUGCUGGGGUCCUGGCUGGCGCUCUUCUCGGCCCUGGGCAUCAUGAACAGCAUCGCCAUCUUCCAGACGUAUGUUGCGACGCACCAGUUGAAGGGGUAUAGCGAGGGAACGAUUGGGUGGAUCUUUUCCGUGUAUACGUUCCUUUGCUUCUUUGGGGGUAUCUAUAUCGGACCCGUGUUUGAUCAGUAUGGUCCGCGUUGGCUGGUUCUGGCCGGGACAGUGUGUCUUGUCAUCGGCGUCAUGUUGCUGAGUAUCUGCACAGUAUACUGGCACUUCAUGCUCGCCUUCGGCAUCCUCUGCGGGCUCGGCAGCUCCCUCGUCUUCACCCCGUCCAUCGCGGCUGUAGGCCACUGGUUCAAGCGCCGCCGCGGCUUCGCGACAGGCAUGGCCUCCACCGGCGGCUCCAUCGGCGGCAUCGUCUUCCCCCUCAUGAUGAAGUCCCUCUUCCCCCGCAUCGGCUGGGGCUGGACCAUCCGCGCCGUCGGCUUCAUCUGCCUCGCCCUCUGCGGCGCCUCCAACUUUUUGAUCCGCUCGCGCCUCCCGCCCGCCCGCAACGCGAGCCCGCACCCGGACCCGCGCAUCUUCCGCAGCGCGGCCUUCAGCCUCACGACGGCGGGGAUAUUCCUCAUGGAGUUUGCGCUGUUUAUCCCGCUGACGUACAUCUCGAGCUACACGCUCAGCCAGGGCUUCAGCGAGUCCUUUGCCUUCUCCAUCCUGCCCAUCCUCAACGCCGGCAGCGUUCUCGGCAGGGCGCUGCCCGGUUGGUGGGCCGACAGAGCCGGGCCCUUUAACAGCAACAUGGCCGCCAUCGUGCUGUCCGUGAUUGCGUGUCUGGCGGUCUGGUUGCCCGCGGGCUCGACGGCCGCGGGCGUCAUCGUCUUUGCCGUGCUGUUCGGGUUUGCGAGCGGGAACAACAUCAGCAUCAGCCCCGUGUGCGUUGGGCGGCUGUGCAAGACGCAGCAUUACGGGCGGUACUAUUCGACGACGUAUACCGCCGUCUCGGUCGCAUGCCUGAUUGGUAUCCCCAUUGGCGGCGAGAUUGUCACGGCGACGGGGGGCCAGUAUUGGGGUCUCAUCAUCUUUACCGGGCUGAUUUAUGUUUUGGCCUUGGUGGCGCUUAUGGCUGCCAAGUUUGUGUGCGUUGGGAAGAUUAUUUGGGGCAAUUUUUAG